CGGACUGACAACUCAUGGGGCCCCCUGGCAAUAGGGGAUCAUGGGGCCCCUGUGUCCUUGCCCAAACUCAAAAAAGCCUAUGAAAAAGGUACCAGGGGCAUUUCAUGGGGCCCCCUACUGACCCCGGGCCCUUGGGCAGUGCCCGAGGGCUCCAUGAGUUGUCAGUCCGCCCCUGGUACAGCCUCAUCAGUUCCCAUCAGUGAAGCCUUAUCAGUGUCCAUCAGUGCAGCCUCAUCAGCGCACAUCAGUGCAGCCUAUAGUGUUCAUCAGUGCAGUCUAUCAUUGUCCAUCCAUGCA